AUGAAAAAUACCGUAGUACGUAUUAAGGCAGAAUUAGAGAACGUUAAAAGGUUGUAUUGUGAUGAUGAAUAUUUAUGGAUAUUUAAUAUUCGUGAUAGUACUUCGUCUUUAACUAGGGAUAAUAUCCAAUUUAGAAAAACAGACAUAUUAGAAAUACCUAACAGUAGGGGUACCGCCAAUUUUUUGAUUAAAUGGACAGAAUAUCCUAAAUAUUCUACAAUUAAUUUUGUAAAUACAAAAAAUUCCUGUUCCUAUGAAGAAGUAAAUAAUAACGAAUGGCGCGAUUUCGCUAGCUUUGAGUGUAGAGGAAUAGAACUAAUUGAUUUCAUUCCAAGUAAUAAUUUUAUUGUUGAAGAUACAAAAGGAAAACUUUAUUAUGAUGUUAAUUUAUCUGAUCAGAAUUGGUGUGAUUAUAACGAGGAACAUGAAAUGUGUGUUGGCAUUUAUAAUUUCGAGCAUGAAGUAAAUUAA